AUGGCGGCGGCGCUGAGGAGCCUGAAGGGAAUGGUAGGCCUGGUGACCGGUGGAGCUUCAGGCCUAGGCCGGGCCACGGCAGAGCAGCGGGUGCAACAGGGAGGCAGUGCUGUGCUUGUGGAUCUGCCCAAGUCCGAUGGGGAGAGCGUGACCAAAUCGCUGGGAGAGAGAUGCAUCUUUGCUCCGGCUGAGAUAACAUCAGAGCCAGAUGUGAAGAAGAUGAAGAAGAUUCAGAUGUGA